GUGCAAGUGCGCUCUGUUGCGGAUUUUUAUAUUUAAUUGCAUUUUCGCAUAUUCGAACGAUUUUCCUGAUUUUCCAGCCGAAAUUGUCCAUUAAAAAGUGGAAAAAUGGCUGAUAAUCCAACAAACCUGCGAAACGCCGAUUUUCGAAAGCUCCUGACUUCAGCUCGGAGUGAUCGUCCAGCAGUCUCGGCCUUUGCAAAACCGGCCGACCCGAAAACCGGCGACGAUAAGCCUGCAAGCUUCAAGCACAAACAUCUGAAACCGGCUAAAUUCAAAAAACCACAGGCGGCCGCUCACGGGAAGGCGAAAAAAGAGAAAACCGAGGCGGACGAGGAUGAGGCCGCGCUCAAAAAUAUUCUGAAAAACUAUAGAGAUCGUGCAGCGGAGAGACGCAAGCAAGGCGAUGAAAAAGAAGAUCCAUCAAAACUCACGGCGGCAUAUCGUGCAGUUCCAGGAGACGCCCGUUCGGCUCAGGAUCAGGCAGAUUUGCGAAAACAGGCGAUUUUAGAAUCGAAAUAUCUUGGAGGAGAUUUGGAGCACACUCACUUGGUCAAAGGUCUCGAUUAUUCGCUUUUGAACAAAGUUCGAAGUGAAAUUGACAAAAGUGAUGAUGAUGACGAUGAUGAUAUUGAUACGGCAUUUGACGAAAAAGUGACGUCAUCAUCAUCAUCGUCAAAACCAUCAGAAGCCAGUUUGCUGGCUCAAGAACUUGCUCAAUCUCAUUCUGAAAAUCGAAUGGUCAGAAGUUUGCAUCGAGUUCUGUUUAAAAAUGAAGUACCCCUUCACAAUCAACUUUUCGCAAAAGGACGAAUGGCUUAUGUUGUAGAGCUGGAAGAUGAGGAAACUGACAUUCCGACGACGUUGUUGAGGUCUCUCCACGACUUGCCACGUGCCGAAUCUGCUCAAUCAAUUCAAGCGAACAAUCUCAUCAUUUUAAAGCUCUCACAUGUGCUCUCUCAUCUUCGCGCCGAGCCAAAAAAGAAGAAAAAAGAGGAAUUUCGAGUUCAAUUGGGCUCCAGAGAUGCUCCAGGAGCAGCAGCAGCAGCUCCUGGAGCCAAAGGAGAUAGUAUCUAUGAUGAUCUUGACGAUUAUGUUCCAUCAAGAAAGUCUAGAGAUUCAAGAGACGCAGGUAGAAGAGGAAGUCGGCGGGAUAGAUCACGGGAUAGAUCAAGGGAUCGGGAUCGUGAUAGAGAUCGUGAUAAUCGGGAUAGAUAUUUCGAAAAAUCUGCCAACUCUCGUCGCGAGGAAGAACAAAACCGCCGUGAGCAGCAACGUGAACGUGAACGAGCCGAACAAGAACGCCGCCGUGAACGUGAAAAAGAACGUGAACAGGAAAAAGCCAAGGAACGAGAGAAAAAGCGAAAAGAAUUGGAAGAAUCAUCAGGCUACGAUGAAUGUUAUCCAGGCGGCCUAGUAGAGAUGGGCGGUGCAUGGGAUUCAGAUGAAGAAGCCGACUAUUCGAAAAUGGAUGCAGGGCCUAAGAAGAAUCAAGCUGUUAAUCGAUGGGAUUUUGAUACGGAGGAGGAGUAUGCCUCUUAUAUGGAAGGACGUGAAGCUCUGCCAAAAGCCGCCUAUCAAUACGGAGUCAAAAAUGGAGAAGGUGGCCGAAAGAACAAGAAACAGUCGGCAGUGUCGGAUGCGAAGCGGCUCGAUCGGGAGCUCAAUGAGAUUAACAAGAUUAUGGAUAAACGGAAGGCCGGAGGAGAUGGAGCCGGUGGUGGUGGAGAUUAUAAGAAGCCUAAAUAUUGAUUUUUUUAAUGAUUUUUAUGAAUUCUUUGCUUCUUUUCCGUUCGUUUCAAUAAUAAAUUUUACUCUAAAAAGUG